UGAACCCGACGCGGGAUGCAGAGCUUCCUGAAGCUGCUGAGGGAGAGUGGGGGCACUGGGCCACCCUUGGCAGAUCUGGUGACUCUUGCAGGCAGGCUGUGCCGGGACCUCCAGGAUGACCCAGCCCAGGUGCAGCCCUUGGCCACCGCCGUGUUGGACAGCCCGCUCCGCCUGCACCUCCUAGACAACGCGGAUGUGGCCCUUGUGUGUGCCCGGGUGCUGGCCCAGCAGGAGCAGCAUCAGGCUGCCUGCCGGGUCCUGGAGGGUUGCCAGGUGCCUGGAGGCAGCCAGGAGCUGGUACAGCUCUGGAACGACAUUCACUACCGCCUGGUCAUGAAGCGGCUGGGCGUGGCCGUGCUAACCCCAGUGCAGAAGUUCCGCUGCAGAAAGAGGAACCCACCACCCCCCUCCCUCUGCCCGGACGGCCCGAAGAGCCGGAACUUUCCCAGAGAGGUUCGCCAGAAGCUGCACGACUUUGCCUCUGGCGUGAGCACCAACCCCAGCAAGGCCGAGAGGGAGAACCUGGCCCUGGAGACGAGCCUGACUGUUGAGCAAGUGUACAACUGGUUCGCCAAUUACCGGCGGCGCCAAAGGGCCCUUCUCCAGCGCCUGCAGCCAGCCGCGGAGGACGCAGUAGAGGAGCCCAGUGUGAGGGAGAGGGCCCCGGACCGCCCGCAGCCCUCAGGCCAGCCCCGCCUCGGCCCUGGGGGUGCGGACAGGCCUCAGUGGCCAGCAGGACAGGAGGAAAAUGGGCCUGCACAGUCCAGGGAGACCACUCAAGGGCCAUGGGAGUCGCUGGCCCUGGCCCCAGACUUUUCUGGAGAUGAGACUCUGCCAAAGCCCCUGCCUCCCAGGUCUCUGCAGGGCGGUGAGAUGUACCAGGAGGGGCCUGGCCACAGUCCUGCCACUCUCCCCCACAUCUGCCCAGGCCCUGGCCUCUGCCCUCUGACUGCUGGCAGUGACAUGCUGGACCCUUCUUUGGCUGCCCCUGAGUCAUGGCUGAUGUCCCUUGCACUGGCGUCCUCCAAGGAAGUUUCCUUCCAGACUGGGCUGGACCUCAUGAUGCGCCCCGCAGAUGCCACUGUGGCUGUGUCCAUCACUGCCCUCGGUGAGACCAGCGCCACAGGAUUCGCUGACCCACCUGUUGGCAACCCCCCGAGCAUGUACCUGGAGGAAGGUCCAGGCACCAGCGUUGGCCAGGCAGAACAACAGGCGGGCGGCUUCCUGGUGACACAGCCUCCCGAAUUCCUCCUAACCCAGAGUCCCCUGGAGUUGGCACCGGGCCCCUCCUUCUCCAGCCCUGUUUCUGCUGUGGACCUGAGCCAGCCCUUGCCCUCCAACCAGGUGCAGUGGCCCGAUGGCCAGGCCUCCAGCGACGCCUUCUGGGGAGCCCGGAUGCUUCUUGAGCUUUCAGGGGGCAGCCUGGGUUGAGAUGUCCCUUUGGGGUAUCCAGCCAGUGCUCCCAGGGGAGCAGGUGUGGACAUCUAGCCUUUCAACACAUGUUACGUAGAGCUUUAUUCCAACUGAAGAGAGGACCCCAGAGUUCCUUGGGGCGUUCCAGUGGGAAGCAUUGAGGUUGCGUAGCCCCCUGCCAUGUUUGAAUAAUUUGGUUGGCAGCUUAGUGUAUCAGGGGAAGCAUUUGAGAAGCUCUUGAGCUCAGAAGUCCAAGGGGUCAGUUUCACUCAGGCAGCGGGGGAGUGUGGAGUCAAGCUCCUGGGCAGGUUCUGGGCAGAGAACACCUUUCUGGAGAUAGAGGAGAAUGUUGCACUGCUGUCUGCCCUCGCCGCUCUGUGACAGUUAAGUUGGCGAGUGGGGCAUGGGCAGUGUUCUGACAUUUCUAUGUCUUGGGGGUGGGGGCUUCUACAGAAGCUAAUAUGGUUGGGAUGGCUCAGGCAGGGUGGGGCAGGGUGCAUUUUCCCCGCAGGUUGUAAUUCAUUGUGUUUGUAAAACAAAUGUUCUGUUCAAUUAAAUUACAGUUCAAUGUUCUGAACUCUCCCCUUUUACUCACUUAACUACAUCUUGGACACCUGUCCCUGUCAGUCCUUUGCCUUUCUGUCCCUGGCUGGCAUUUCACAGUAUGAGUGUGCAUUGAUUGAUGCACCAGUACCCUAUUGAUCUGAUUGUUUCUAAUGUGUCUGUUUUAUAAGCAAGGUCACAGUGGGCGUCUCUGCCCUUUGCCCUUUACCUGACUGUUUUGUGGGAGAAGGAAUUGCCCUGGUGCUAGAUGCCACCAUGUCCAAGCGCACAGGGCCCCAGGGGCCGAGUGUGAUGUGAUUCCUGAUGCAGAGGUGACUUUGACACUCAGGACUGUCACUGCCAGGAACAGGCCCUUGGUCCUUGCCUUACCCAUUGUGUCAGUUGACAGUGGUGUGCUGAGCAGGGAGCAAAGUCAGUUUUGUGCUCUCAGGCGGCUCACAGGCUCGUCAGGAAUAAGCAGGCAAUCAUGGGUAGUUGCUGAGAGGAUGGUGUGAAGUGAGGGAUGGCUGAGAACCCAGGGUAUGUGGUGCUGGAAUGACAAGACGCUGAGAGCUUCCUGAAUGGGCGGCGGGGGUGGGGGGGUGGCAGCUGAGCUGAGACAGCUGUGCUCCCCCACCACAGCCCAGGGCUCUCAGCUGUACUCCUCUCCCCUCACCUUUACUCUGUGGACCGUGGACCCAUCCUGUCCCUUCCUCAUCGCCACAAUGGCGCUGCCCAAGCACCAGCAGUAAUAUGUACUUCCUCUCAGGGACGCUGACUCGCAUCCUGUUCCCUAGAAUCAGGAAUCUUUUAGUUGUCAAAUCUUUCUUUAUUGUGAAACAGUCACAGACUUAUAAAAAGUUGCAAAUAGAACACAAACAUGUUUUCCUUUCAUCCUUUUGAGAACAAGUUACUGAGCUGAUCCCUGUUUCCUUGAGAGAAGGAAUUCUGCAUUCUCCUCAUGUGAUCACCAGUCAGGAAGUGAGUGCUGGUAUUUCCUCACCUUCUUCCAGACCUCACUGAAGUCUAAUCACUUGUCCCGGCAACACCCUGAAUGACAGAUGAAUCCCGUCACAUAGCAUGUGCUGCGUGCCCUUGACUGUCUUGUCAUUUAGGCCACAACAGGCCCGAUCUUCUCCUGGACUUUAACGACUUUGACACUUUGGAAGAGUACAAGCCAGUUAUUCUGUAGAAUGUCCCCCAGAGUGGCCGUGUGGGAUGUUUCCAUGCAAUUCGGGAAAUACCCCAGAAGUGACAUGAGGCACUUACCCUGUCUUACAGAUAGCACAUGAUUUUGAUUGUGCAGUUGUUGUUGGUGCUCAUCUUGAUCACUUCAUUAGGGUGUUUUCUGCCAACCUUCUCCACUACAGUUACUCUUUUUGUAUAUUUUGGGAGGUAGUGCUUUGAAACUGUGUAAACAUGCUGUUUCUCAUCAAGCUUUCCAUUGACUCAUGAAUUUCUCUAAUGUGCUUACAUUUUCAUAAUUCAUGAACACAUUAUUAACCUAGUUCUGGCAUCGCCACGGCACCAGCUUCCUUCAUGUACAAAGUGUACACCCAUGAAGAUUCACUCUUCAACCUUACGUGCCACUCAGCUACGUGGUGAUUUGUUUUAAUCAUUGAGGUACGUAACUCAUCGUGCAUUACCUGUCACCGAAGGAAGCACAGUGAUCCAAUUCAUCCUGCCCUCAGUCAUUCAAAGUCUGCAUAAAAUACCUGCACAGUUGAUAAACACUUUAGAGAGGGUUAGGGAUUAACCCUAGGGUGUGAUGGGCGGUGCGGCCCUUUGGCCUUCCCUGGAAAUGUGCAGAGCUCUGGACCCAUCCCAGUCUUGGCCUUUCCUGAGCCGAAAGGAAGUACCUAUAUGUGAGGUGGUCACGGUCUGAGGCAAGAACCUCCUGGACGGGCUGUGGGAGCACCUCCUGGGGAGUCUCCUUCCCCCACCCUUUACAGACACUGGGCUCGAUCCUAAAAGUUCCAGAGCACAGACUCAGCCAGCUGGAUCGUGUCCGUUUUGUGGCACGUGGACUGAAGUCUCUGGAGCUGACUGUUGACUGAGACUCGAGCUCCUCUGGAGGGGCUCCUGUGCAGUGGUCAGACGUCCUGAGUGGCUGGAGGCCUCUCCCCGUCCCGCAUGCCCAGCGCCUGUGCACCCAGCUCCCACCCUGAGGCCCACACUUCCCUCUCUGCUGUUUGAUCCCAGGCCGCUCUGAGAGAGAUGUGUUGGCCCUAGAGAGUGUUCUGCCCUUACCCCCUUGAGGGGCCAGCCUGGGUCCAGUGGACGUAGGUGCUGUGACCAGGCCAAGGGCCUCUUCCUGUGCCUUGCGGAGGCCCUUCCCUUCCUGAGAUGAAAAGGGAUAUGGGGGCUGUUUCAAAUGGCUGAUGGCUGACGGCGGCCUGGAGGAGGUGUCAGAGGCUUUCUGGGCCCUAGUAGUGGCAGGGGGGAUGUUCAGUGAUCAGCUCCAGGGAGGCCAACUUCUCUGCCUCUCCUUGUCUUCAUAGUUGCGUGGGCCCCAGGAGGUUGGGAUGUGUGGCCAGACCUCCCAGACAACCAGGGCCAGAAGUGAUCACCCAGCUUUGGUCUGUGAAGGGCCCUGCCUUCACCCCCACCCUCUGUGGUGUGGAGACUGCUGGAGAGGGCAGAGGGUGCCUGUGUUGAUCUCUUCGGUCAAGCUACGUGGCCUAGAAUAACAGAUCUGCUGUGUCACAGGUCUAGAGGCUGGAAGUGUGAUGUGGGUGAUGUCGUGGCAUUGAAGGCUCAAGGGGAGCUUUCUCCAGGUUCCGGUACUUCCUUGGUUUGGGACUGCAGAGCUCCAGUCUUCACACAGCACUUUUCCUGUGUGUGUAUCUCUGCCCGGUUCUUCUUGUUAAUACCAACAAAAUCUACCAACAUAAUCAUGAUCUGAGUGACUUCAUCUUGACUUGAUCAUCUCUGAAGACCGUAUUUCCAUAUCAGUUCUCAUUCAGGGGUAUUGGGGAUAGGAGUUCGACAUCAGAAAUUUGUAGAACAUAGUUCAACCCAUAAUGGUGUCCCUGCCUCUGCCAAUGAUCACCUCCCAACUGGCCCAAGAAGGCACUGUGGUGUCUCUGGUGUACCCCUUGGGUGCCUCCGGCAGAAGACCACAUCCCGUCUGGCCACUGGCUGCUGGGGUUUGGGUGGUACUGGGAUCGCCCACAGAGUGAGGGCUGGGAUGAAACGGUUCUGGGCUUGGAGGUGCUGACGUUUUGAAGGUAGGAUGAAAUGGAGGCCUGUCUGGGUGCUGAGCCAGAGGCAAUCAUUUCUUGGGUAUGUUUUUUUUUUUUUAAAGAUUUUAUUUAUUUAUUUAUUUGAGAGAGAGAGCACAAGAGGGGGGAGCGGGAGAGGGAGAAGCAGACUCCCUGCUGAGCAGGGAGCCCGAUGCGGGACUCGAUCCCGGGACUCCAGGAUCAUGACCUGAGCCGAAGGCAGUUGCCCAACCAACUGAGCCACCCAGGCGCCCAAUUUCUUGGGUAUGAUUAUCAAAAGCACAGGUAAUAACAGAAAAAAAAAUAGGACUUCAUCAAAAUUAUAAAGUUAUGAAUAUCAAAGGACACUAUCAAGAAACUAAAAAGAUACACUACAUCAAAAAAAAAAAAAAAAAAAAAAACCUAAAAAGAUAA